AAAAGACGAAAUUUGAGAUUUACGACAAGCAAACUAGCAAGGGUAAUCUUCCGAGCUGUCUUGGCAGUUCUAUCCUUUAUGACUUCUUUUCAAGCAGAGAUCGUUCAAUAACCAGUUAUGCAGACUCCCCGGUGGGGUUGGACACUAUACUCUUCGCUUUUGCUUCGAUAGCUUUUCCACGAUGUCUACUCGAUUCUGAAAGGUCAUCUUGCAAGUUGACUUGCAAAUGUUCCGAGCUCGUUGCGCCACACAGGUACAUCGUUUCCAGUGUCCAUCCUGCUCUCACUCGUCCCGUUUCCAAGUUAUUGUGUCCUUAGCCGGCUGUGUCUAUCGGUAUGCAACUGUGAUGCCGUUGCCAAGUCAAGAAAACAAAGGUAACCACGAAUGUAUCUCCUUCAGGUCUUCGUGAACAAGGAUACACAACCACCCCCUCUAUCAUCAGAAGUGGCGCUAUGUCUUUUGUUUGCCUCAAAAGCACGAAAUGUACCACAGCAAUCGUCCACCACAUCAAUCAGCCCUUUCACUCAAAUGGUACACGGUGAAGCCGAGCUAUCAGAACUUGAACGUCAAUUAGAGUACGCGAGGCGUACUUCACGAUAUCCGCCCACCUCCUUUGGUGAAAUGGAAGGGUUCUACCAUCUUGAGCCCGCCGAACACUUCUGGAGAAACGUUCAACCCUUCCUUACCGAACAAGGCUAUCUACUUAAACCUAGGUACCACAUCGAUUGGGUUCCCUCAUGGUACGAGACGAAGAAGAAACCUCAUAAAUGCAAAGAUGGCCAUGUUCUCAUCAGGCCACAAAUUAUAGAUGCCGUACGCACUUCUGAUGGGACCGAGGUUGCUCUUAAGAAACUACAAUCCUCAACUGGGUGGCGUGAACUCGAGAUUGCGCGACUCUUUUCCUCAGAGCCCCGAAGGUCAGAUCUGCGGAAUCAUUGCAUACCAAUUCUUGAUAUCAUUGAACUCCCGGGGGAAGACAUCUCAAUCUUGGUCAUGCCAAAACUAAUGCACGUAAAUCGUCCGAAAUGGAGGACUGUUGGUGAAAUUUUGGAGUUCUGCGAACAAACGAUCGAGGGUCUGCAGUUUAUGCACGAACAUCUCGUCGCUCACAGGAACCCCACGUGCAAGAACAUUCUGUCCGAUUCAAAAGCAAAGCCUAUAAACUCUAAGUCCCUUUUUUCACUUGCACAGUCUCUACGAUACGGGCUUCGUUCUGUGUUAUUUUCCUCGAUAGCGAAUACUCCACGAUACUACUUCAUAGACUUCGGGCUCUCGAGGCGGUAUGAGCGGGAUGGUGUACCAUAUCUUGACCCGCCUGUCGGAGGCGAUGAUGAGACUCUACCAGAGUGGCGAUGGGGAGACCCCGAGAUGGAAUCUGACCCUUUUGCAGCCGACAUUUAUCAUCUCGGCAAUAUUUUCCGAGUAGAGUUCCUAGAGCAAUACACAAAUAUAAAGUUUCUCGAACACCUAAUCUGGGACAUGAUACAUCCCUCGCCGGCCCAUCGACCUACUAUGGACGAGGUCGCGCGCACCUUCAAGGAUAUCAUGUUGGAGCUUCCUGAAAAUGUGAAACGUUCCCGGUCGGUGAAGAAGGACGAGCAUCCAGUUGCCCAAGUACUGCGAGAUACGCAUCACCUUGCUUGCACCAGUACACGAAUAUGGCGCCACAGGGGGGACCCGUCAUCGUGUUCUCCCAUGGUUGUGCCUACCAGGGUAGAAAGACUUUCAAUAGUCUCAAGUCCGGACACAGGAAUACGGUCAGGGAUAGUGCAAGACGCCCAAAUGACAAGAUCGGAAGAAAAUACGAUUCAGCCUUUUUCUCUUCAGCGGAGUGCAAGUAAUCGCUCACACCCUUUGAUUGCAAGGGAGAAACCACUGCCUCAGAUACCAUGCGACAACCCGUUGCAGGAUCAAGUCAUUUCCCCUACACUGUCUUCUAUGAACGCGCCGGCGUGUCUUCAAGAAUACACGAGCUCAAGUUGGAGUUCGACAAGACUGAAGUACAGCCGACCAAUGAACAGAAAGCAUACCAGGCAAUUUACCAAACACGUUACGAAUUACUCAGAUGCUGAAAAGCAUAUGCGCACCAUCGAGGAAGGAGCUGUUCCGACACAGACUUCUAUUGACGCCCCUCACAACACGACCCGUGGUACGAUGUGCAGGACAAGUGAGCCUCAGUACAGGAAAGCACGGCCCAAUCGCAGAGCCUUUCCUGUUGAAGAACGGAGUCGAUCGAGAAAUUCGUAUAACAUGAAUCGUUCUAAUUCUACUUCCGCGGUUCCGACUCGAGAUAUCCUUUCUCGUGAGGCGGACCCUAGACACCUUUCUCCUGCGGAGCCAAAUUCUUUUAAAGGAACACCUGUUUUGAAGCGGUCUUCAUAUCAUGUCACUCCCAGCAACCAUGAUAUUAGUAUGCGAAAGGAUGAUUCGCUUAAACAACAUAAUCACGGCUUGUCUGCGAGCAAGUUUCAUGGACAAUCCCAACUUUCAUCCGGUUCCUACAACUCUCAUGCAGCAUGUCUCACAGCAUCACCAUAUUGUGUUCCAAGCAUCCGACCCUACCCUAUCCCAACUUCUUCGGUUGUAGGCAAUGGCUAUGACCAGCAUCAAAACAUGGGCAAGGGCAUUCAAGUACGCCAUGAUAAUAGUAAUUUAUCUGCACUGCGGGUGUCCAAAUUAGACGAUUACGUUUCACAGUCCACCAUCGGUACAUACUUGUAUGGACAUACCCGUCGAAGCUUUCCAAGGACAAACGUUCCAACUUCCACGCCGUCCUGUGAUGGGGGCAUCGGAAGGAAACCAACAUCGUGAUGAGAGACCAUGUUCCUCCGGACCUUGAUUUUCGUAUUCUAAGAUCUCAGCUUCGGCAAGCGGAACAACCUGGCCACCCGCAAACAGUUCCGGGUUUCAUACCUUCGUGUAGUAGCUCAUCUGAUAUUACUUUGACCAUAGACCUUCAUAGCGCUCAAGAGGCUUGAGUUGUCCAGGUGCAGGGUCGUGGAAGUACAGGUCAGCGAGAUGCACAAGACUCGUGUGAUACGGGCGUAGGGAGAGACAUAGUUCUUAUGGAAUAGCAGGCAAGCUGAGCUGACCUUCAGCAGGCCGGCGAGCUUGUUUACGGCGGGUUUUAUGGUUUGGCAUUAUCAGUAAUGGCUAUUUAAAGUCCCCAGAGUACAGUAGAAAGUAAAGAUAGAUUUCGAAGCAUUUUUGUCCGUUGACAGCAUGGUC